UCGGGACAUUCCUGGGAGUUCCGCAAACGGGAGAAGUCGUCCCAUCAGUGUCCAUCGUGGAAUUCAUCCGGGGAGUCCUCGGGGUAUCCAGAAGAUGUCCUGUUGAAGCAGGCAUGGGGAAACACAACAGCAAACUCACGCGGGAAGAGUUGGAGGAAUUGGAAGAAAUGACCAAUUUUAACACAAAGCAGUUGAGACAAUGGUACAAAGAUUUUAUUCAAGAUUGCCCUUCCGGGUACAUGACCAAAGAAGAGUUUAAGCACAUUUACGGACAUUUCUUCCCGACGGGAGACCCGACGCGUUUCGUAGAUUACGUAUUUAACGUCUUCGACAUCGAUAAGAAUGGUGUCAUUACAUUCAAAGAAUUCAUUCUUGCCAUUUCCAUCACAACGAGGGGCACAAUAGAGGAGAAACUGAAUUGGGCGUUCAGCCUGUACGACUUUGACAGCGACGGCUACGUGACGAGGGACGAGAUGCUCGACAUCGUCAGGGCCAUCCACAGGAUGCACGGGAAGGACGGAGACACGACCGAAACGGACGCCGCCCAGAAAAGGGUGGACGAGCUCUUCACGAAGCUCGAUACGGAUAAAGAUGGAAAACUGAGCCGCGAAGAGUUCUGUAAAGGCUUCAAGAACGAUUCCUGGAUUAUCAAAGCCUUGCUGAUGAAGUCCCCCCUCGUGGCCAAUUCGACCACUUCCUUGAACAUCCCCGAGAGUGAAGGUCCCGGAAGACGGACAUCCACAUGCCAGGCCAGUGUGGGGAACGGACUGCACUGAUGGACUCUCACCCAACUGAGCAAUCAAAUGAAUCUCAGCUUCUGAACAACUGGAUCAUGUCUUCACACUCAACAUACUUGCCUUGCCUUAUUUUAAAAGGCUCCGUACUAGAUUCUAAUUCAAUGUUUAAUUCUCAUUCGACGCGAGAAAUAUUUUCCUCGUAACUUUUCUCACUGUUAUAUGAAAUGUUUCACAUUUUACGAUCCAUAUGAUUUCAAUACGCAGUUGCUUUUUUCAUAAAAGAUGGAUCUCUGUACAGUUGACUCAAUACUCGAUGUAUCUUCACUGUAGAGCUAGCUCAAACAAAAAUAUCUUCACUUCUAUUUUGAUGACAUGGAUAUGUAUGUUAGAUUAAAAUAGAGUUGUGAAACAAUA